AUGACAACCAGAACACGCAUCCAGCUGAAGCUACAAUACGACACUGGAAGUAUCUUCUACCAAGACAAGGACGAUGGUGAUCUUGCCUUCCACAUCGAGGCGCUGAGAAACACCCCUCUAAUCCUGUCCUCUGCCUCAACAAAGCCAUCUGGUCAAGCUCAUACGGCGAACCUCAGUGACGGCGAGCCUCAAGCUAGAGGAAGGUCGACACCAGACUACGAGGAAGAGUCAGUCGCGACAACCGACCUGAUCAAGUCCUUCCUGCGGCAGCACCUCCUCAAGAAUGGCGAGGCAUCCCGAGGUCUCAUUCCACUGAUGAAGAAGGACGGCAUCGAAGCCCUGCUCAUUGCAAUGGUAGGGCUGCACCUGCGGAAAGACGGCCAGGGCGAGGAUGAAGAUGGUUUGCGUGAUGUCGGCACGGCAAUCAGGUCACUUCACAAGACUCUUGGGUCGCUCAUUUCGGUGCUGCAGCAGAGGGAGAGGGUGUUGAGAUAUUUGGAGGAGAACCCUCACGUCGGGCUUGGGGAUGAGACUGAAUGGGAGGAGAAUUGA